AUGGCGUGUAUAUCCUCACCAACGUUUUUCUUCCUGUUGAUCUGUUUGCUCGGCAAGUUGAAUGGAGCACAAGAGAUUGAUUGUUUUCCAUGUGCAUGUGUUUCCAAAGAAGACAAUGAUCUGUACAGAGUUGACUAUAGAUCCAAUCAUAAUCUGAAAGGGAGACUACCGGACUUCAAGCACAUAAACGAAAGUCAGAUUCUGUCACUGGACAUGUCGCAUUGCAACCUCGUAAAUCUUUCAGACAGAACUGAGACACCUUUUCGAAAUUACAGUAGCUUGAAGGAGUUGUAUUUGAUCAACACUUCGAUAAAUUCGAUGAAAAAUGACAGUGCAACAUUGCAAAGCAAAACAUUUAUUGGGUUGCAAAAGCUAGAAUAUCUUAAUAUCGCACAUAAUGAAGAAUAUCCAGUUACCAAUGAAACCGACAGUAACAUCUUCGAAAGAUUAAUAUCUCUGAAGAAACUCAUUAUGUAUCAAACAAAUUUAAUAGCAACGACUCCACGUUCUGGUUAUCCCGGAAAAAGCUUGAAAAAACUUCCUGCCUUAGAAGAAAUAUGGAUCGAUGGAUUCUCAAUUGUUCCAUUUGGGGAAGAGUUUAAACAUAUUCCCAACCUGAAAAUUAUUAGGAUAUCAGGCGAUUUAAUUGAACCGAUAUGGGAUUACGUUGAUUACUGCUCCGUGAAAAAUAUUACCGAUGGUCUAUUAUUCAAUUUGCCUUAUGUAACCAAUUUAUCAAUUAUCCACUGUAACGUUUUGCAUAUCUGUGCAAACGCGUUUAAAAAUAUGAUAAGCCUCCGCAUGCUUGAUUUGUCUAUGAAUUAUGAAUUGGGCUUGGACAAUCCUUUCAACAGUUUUAAAAGUUUGAAUUCGGACGUUGAAGUACUAAUCUUAGAUAGCCUUAAGGACGACAGGACAAUAGAAUGUUGUGUCACUAUUUCGAGGAAUAUGAUUGAAUCAAUUCAACAAACCUCACUGAAAAUGAUUUCCUUAGAUGAUAAUAAGAUAAGUUCAAUUGAUAAAGAUGUGUUUUCGUUAUUACCUAAAACUUUGGAACAUAUCAGAAUUAGACGAAACAAGUUUGAAUUUGGUAUAUAUAUGUUUUUUGCAUAUCAACUAACAAACGUCAGAAGACUUGAAGCAUCGUAUUCCCACAUGGGACUUCAGUUCGCCAUCUCGCACGAUUUUGAUAUAUCAGAUUAUUCUACUGAUUUUGUGUCUGAAAAAAUCAAUUACACAUCAACUAAUUCUUUCAAUAACAAUAAACGCCAUAACCGUUUAGCCGCUAGAGAUGAUCACCAUUUUAACAUUGGACAUUUAAAGGCUAAAGAGUGUCCAAAACCGCUGUGGUAUAUUCCAACAGUUACUAUAACUGCGUUUCUACCACCGAAAUUGGAAUAUUUAGAUAUAAGUCAUAGUAAAAUUGGGUUACCAAUCUACGACCUUUAUGUCGAUCCAAAUAAUUCCGUUAAAAUAAUCAAUGCUUCAAAUAAUUUGCUAUAUUGCUGGGCGGGACCUAUUCACGGUGGCAAAAAUGUCGAAAUACUUGAUCUAAGUAACAAUUUUUGUUCGGUUGCUAAUGAAAAAAUCUUUAUUAAUUUUCCGAAACUGAAGCGUGUGUAUCUUCAAGUUAAUUACCUUACUUAUGUUGUAAAACAUGUGAGCAAUUUUUAUUCAAAUUUGCAACUUGAGUACGUAGAUUUGUCCACAAAUAAAAUAAACAACAUACAUCCCAACUUUUUUAAGAAUCAAACAAAAAUGCGAUGGAUUAAUUUGUCUAGAAAUAAUUUAAUUGACUUUUACCACAGACUUGCUCACAUGUCAUUUUUGAACGUUUUAAAUCUAUCCGAAAAUCGCAUAUAUACUUUAAGCAGAAACUUGCGAUCGGAUCUUGAUGACAUCGUUUCAUCCAGGAACAACGACACUUUGACAGUUGAUUUGUCUAAAAAUGUUAUUGCUUGUUCAUGUGACAACCUAGAGGUAUUAGAGUGGAUUCUUGAACACACAGCGCCAACCUCCAAUCACCUAUCGGUCAAGAUAUCAACUUGUUAUUACGUUCACAAUAUUUCGGCUCUUCCAUCACCAACAGUCAUAUUGACUAAGAACGAUUUAGCAUACCAAAUUGACUUCCUUCAAAAGUUCUGCACCUCUUACACAUCGUUGAUGAUAACAAUGGUCGUUAUAUUAUGUGUUGUCGUAAAUAUCAUCGUCGCUUCUUUGAUACACCGAUUUAGAUGGAAAAUUCGCUAUUGGUACUACGUUGGGCAUAGUAAUGAUACAACAUCUAACGACUAUACAGCCCUUGACAAUUCGUUGCGAUGUUCACGAUUUAAGUAUGACAUCUAUCUUGCCUACGAGGAAGACGCCCGUGAAUUCGUCUUAGAAACACUGAAACCAAAACUUAUUGAAUUUGAAUAUGUUGUGUUUGUGCAUGACGACAUUUUGGACGGACUACCGCUUUGCAACGUGCUAACAAAAUCUAUUCACGCGAGUCGAGUUGUUGUGUUUGUUCUCUCAAACGGUUCCAGACAAAGUUUGGAAUGGAAGAUAGCUGCACAUAUUACAAACGAAGAAUCGAAUCACAGAGGAAAACCGAUAUCUUUGGCGAUGUUUUACAAUUCCGACUCAACUCAAGGACUUCCGGAGAAUUUGCAGCUAUUGCGACUUGAUGCGUUUAUCGAUUACCCAAUCAACGGUAGCGAUUGGGAAAUAACAGCCUUUUGGGAGGAUUUAAAAACUAAAGUGAAUGCAAUUGACAAAACGGCAUUGUAAUGUAUUUCCAAUGUUUACUUUUUGGUAAAUUUAUAUCAACACUAAGUUUUUUUCGUGUGAUUUUUAGUGUAAUAUGUCGCUUCUUUAAUGCGUUUAUCUAUCAGAGGACCAUAUUAAACAAAUGAGCGCGAAUGAAAGUGCUUUGUACAUAAUUUACCGUCACAACAUAGUUUUUAUGCCCCCGGAUCGAAUGAUCGGGGGUAUAUUGUUUUUGGCCUGUCUGUCUGUCAUUGUAUGUGUCUGUCUGUCAUUGUAUGUGUGUGUCUGUCCCAAAACUUUAAAAUUGGUCAUUACUUUUGCAAUAUUGAUGAUAGCAAAUUGAUAUUUGGCAUGCAUGUGUAUCUCAUAGGCCUGCACAUUUUGAGUGGUAAAAGGUCAAGGUCAUCCUUCAAGGUCAAAGGUCGAAUAUAUGGCUUCAAAGCGGCGCAGUAGGGAGCAUUGUGUUUCACAAACACAGCUCUUGUUAUUUUAUGUAUUGUCCGUUAGAACAAUACAUAAAAAACUAUGUCAAAUUUAUAUGAUGAUGAUACAGAGUGCAGGAUCACUUUUCUUUGGAGUUCCCAAUUAAACGUUUCUCGGUGUAAACACACCGGUAAGUGGUGCUUCCUUUUUCAAAUAACUUUUAAAAACAGUUUUUCUUAAGAAUUUAAACUAAUGCAUAAAAGACAGAUUGUUAUGAUGUUUACUGCAAUUUGAAAUACAUCAGAAUUACUUAAUUUAAUAAGCAUGUGUUCUUGUUCAAAAAUUCAUUGUGUACUGCACAUUUAUGUUUCACGCAACGUGACAUUUUGUCACCGAUUUCAGACGUAUUCAAGGAUUUAUUCUUAUACGUUUAUAUAUCGACACAAACUGCAUGCAUGAAAAAACUGUCUUUUAUGCACUUAAAAUGUUUAUAAAUGUAUUUCAAUAACUUGAGAUAUUUGAAAAAAAAAAUCUUAACGGUGUGUUUACAUUCUGUUCUGCCCUUGAAACCUCGUUGAUUCUGCACCCUGGAUAGUUCGAUUGUAUAAACAUGAAAGUAAUUGUGGUGCAUUCUACGCGUUUCUCCUUUAUUGCGACCUUAACUAAACAAUUUUUAAUUUAUGCCUUAUCUUGCUACGUUUCGGAAUAUUGUUAGUGUUUUUUUAUAGAGAUACACCAUUUCGAUUUGAAGAGGGAAAUGUUAGUCUUGCGAACACUUUAAACAAUAAGAGUUGUUGUGGCAAAUAUUGUAUAGCUGGAUGACCAAGUAGGUAAUGGACGCCAAGACUUAAUUGUUAUAUGUGAGCAUCGUGUAAGUUUUUUUUCUGAGUAGGAUAAUUUUAGUCCUAGCUAUUGUUAACGCGGUUGAAAAAAGAACAAAAAACUUAUGCGUUGAGCAUUGUCGUAAAAUUCAUAUGAUAAUUUACGGUGCCUAUACCACGUGACUUUUUCGGAUCUGUGUUGGGAGAAUAAAGCGCGACCCAGUUAACAUUUUUAAGAAUCUCUUUUUAAAUAUUUCACCAUUUUUAAUGGGAUAAAGUGGAGAGCCCGC